AUGCAAUCCUUCUCAUCCGUCUGUCUUCUUGCUCUUCUCGCCGUCUCCGCCUCGGCGACAACGAAUUUCGACUUCUCUGGUCUCAUGAAGUGCCAAUCGAGAGGUAUCUGGUGCUUCACUGUCAGAGGAUUGGAAAUUGACACUUUCUCCGACGACAUCAUCGCCGAGUACACGAAAUGCUCAUCCGCCCCAACCUCAUUGGAGCAUCCAGUCGAGUACGCAAUGACCGGAGUCCAAGAAGGAGACGGUAUUCUUGACAGCACAUUCGAAGUAGCCAUUCAAGUGACUCACAACUGCACAGCCAACGAGCAAACCAUUACCACCGACUACAUUGAGGUGCCAAUUAAGGAGAUGGCCUUCUCACUGGGAAAGAACUUCGACCUCAACGCCAACGCUGUCAUGCCAUAA